CAGUUUAUCAUACCCAGAAGAUGGAAUAGUAAGCACAGACCUGUGUGCAUUCAUUUAGCAGGCACUGGAGAUCAUCACUUCUGGAGGAGACGGACGUUAAUGGCACGCCCGAUGAUUAAAGAAGCUUGUAUGGCUUCCCUGUUGCUAGAAAAUCCUUAUUAUGGCUGUAGAAAACCUAAGGAUCAAUUACGGUCAUGUUUAAAAAAUGUCUCGGACCUGUUUGUGAUGGGAGGAGCUCUUGUUCUAGAAUCGGCAGCUCUUUUGCACUGGCUAGAGAGAGAAGGCUAUGGACCGCUAGGGAUGACUGGAAUAUCCAUGGGAGGACAUAUGGCUUCACUGGCAGUGACAAACUGGCCUAAACCAUUGCCAUUGAUUCCGUGUCUUUCCUGGUCAACAGCUUCUGCAGUCUUUACUACGGGUGUGUUGAGCAAGGCAGUGAACUGGAGAGAGCUAGAGAAACAGUAUUUUACGCAAACUGUUUAUGAAGAAGAAAUCAUUCAAAUGCUUGAAUACUGUGGAACGGAUUCUUUCAAGAUGGGACAAGACUUUGUUAAAAACUUCCCUGACAGUGUGGACAGUCUGGAGGAUCUGGACAUGACUUCCAGAAUGUUCGACCUUAGUUCCUCAAACAAGACUGUAUCUAAAGAAGCUGUUCACAGCUUUACCACAAAUAAAAGUACUCUAAGUGCCUCAUCAGAAAGACUCUUAAUACAAGAUGCUCCUAAAAUGCAGUGCAUAAAUCAAACAUUUUCAACCAGUAGCAGUAGCAAUAAAAACUUAACCAGCCUACAAGAAUACAGGAUAAAUAAAAGAAGAAAGAGUGACACUUUACAGAGAGAAUCCUUAAGGUUCAUGAAAGGAGUAAUGGAUGAAUGUACCCAUGUGGCUAACUUCUCAGUUCCAGUUGACCCAAGUUUAAUCAUAGUUGUACAAGCUAAGGAGGAUGCGUAUAUUCCUCGAACUGGGGUGCGCAGUCUUCAAGAAAUCUGGCCCGGAUGUGAAAUUAGGUAUCUGGAUGGAGGUCAUGUCAGUGCCUACCUCUUCAAACAAGGACUUUUUAGGCAAGCAAUUUAUGAUGCGUUUGACCGCUUUCUUCAGAAAUACGCAGUCUAAAAAUCUGCAUAAUGUAUUCAAACUGAUCUCAUUUGUACUUCUGUUUACUGGAACUCAUAUUUGGAAAAGAAGCCUUUUGCAACAUUGAGUAGAUGGUCACUGACUUUGACUGUUGUAGGUAACAAUUAUCAAAAAUGGUAAAGUACCAGCAUUACUUUCAUUUCAACCAAAUGCCAAUCUGACACACUUGCUUCAGCUUUACCAGUGGAAAAACAAUGGCAGCAUUUGUUAGUGCAUGAGUGGUUCAUGUACUUCAUGUUUAAUUACAUUGUGUAUUCCUUUAAUUCUGAAUAAAUUCUGAAUUGUGUAUCAGUUGAAAACAGACCAAUCUAAGUAUUGAAAGAAUGUAAAAUUUGCUGUAGGGCU